GUCCCUGAGUCUCCAGCCAAGAAAGAUCUACAGAGAAGUAUUUGACAGGCGUCACUCAUGACCUGCUUUAUGACCUCCAGAGAGAGUACACCAUGUCUCCGUGUCUUAUCUUCCCUGUGCAAUCCUCUCAGCCCUUAGAGCCCAUCACUCAUAGAUGAACUGGAGACUUCUCUGAGUGAGGAAAUCAAAGUGAACAUUGGAAGGGACAAAACGGCAUCAGACUCUGAACUGUUGUCCUUCAACCAAAUAUCUCUGUGUAAGGGUACCGUGUUUACUGACAUUCCAAAGUUUGUUGUGUAUCUUUCAUAAAAUGUUGGGCUUCUCAGGAGUUCAAGUUAUGUACAUCACCUUGUCCUUUCUUCUUUGUUCUGAAAGUUCCUUUAAAAGGUCAGCAAAAAAGGAACAAAGACACGUAUGUGAUUAUUAUAGAGAGUCAAUGAAUUGUUCUGGAUACAAGACCCCAAUCUGUGGAACCGAUGGCAUUACUUAUCCCGACAUAUGCAUUUUUUGUAGAAUAUCCAAAGAAACCAAUGGUUUCAUCAACAUGGCACAUUUUGAUAAUUGCUGAGUUUUCAUGGAGCUACGUAAUCCUGGGGAUCUUAUCAUGAUCACAGUUUUGCCCUGAAGUCUACCGUGGAUUGGUGAUUUUAUCAUCAGGAUCCCAUAGCCCUAGAAGAUUUGAUGAAUCUCUGUGUAGGAUACACAAGCAAGACUAGACUGUCAUUGUUCUUUUUGUUUCUCAGAACCUCUGAUCUCAAUGUUUUACUUCAUAGGAUGAACUAAUGAAACUUAAAUUCCUAAUUCUUAAUUUUCCAUUCUGUAAACUAACAACUUAAAACCAUCAAUACUCAAUUUAUAGUUCUUAAUAAAAUCUUAAAGUGUACACUUUUUCAUGAAAAUCUUUUCGGAGUUGCAGGAAAUGCCCAGUGGUUAGGGAAAUUUGGUGAGUUUGGAGAGAACCCAAGUCUGGUCUCCAGAACCCAUGUCCACUAUCUUUUAACAUCUGUCUUCAAGGGGAUCUCAUACCAUCUUCUGUCUGCCAUGGACACCUGCAUAGACAUGUUAUACAUACAAACACAUAAUCUAAUAAAUAAAUAAAAAUCUUUUACAAACCA